UCGGUGUAAUCCUUGCAUGGAAAGUACAAUUGGUGGAUGUUCCAGAGAGAGUUACUGUUUUCACAAUCCAGAAGACUUUGGAACAAAAUGCCACUCAACUCAUUCAUCGCUGGCAAUACAUCGCGCAUAAAUUAGACCCUAAUUUACUCAUCUUAGUCCGUGUGGAAAGGGUGAAUUCUAGCCAGGAUGGAAGGAACAUGACAAUCCGUGCUUCAUUUCUCUCACUUUUCCUUGGUAGGAUUGACAGAUUGCUUCCACUGAUGCACCAAAGUUUCCCCGAAUUGGGCUUAGUAAGAGAAGACUGCACGGAAAUGAGUUGGAUCCAGUCCAUCCUGUUUUUUGCCGGGUUCCCCAUAGAAUCACGUGAAGUCUUGUUGAACAGGACAGAGCCCAACACAAGACACUUCAAAGGAAAAUCCGAUUAUGUGCAGAAACCCAUUCCAGAAUACGGGUUUGAAGGCAUUUGGAGACUGUUCUAUGAACCUGAAGCCAAGGGGGCAGCGGUCUUCUUGAUCCCGUAUGGUGGAAGAAUGGAUGAAAUUUCUGAAUCUGCGGUUCCAUUUCCUCAUAGGGCUGGUAACUUGUACAAAAUCCUACAUAUUGUGUAUUGGGAAGAAGAAGAGGCACAGAAUUCCAACAAAUACAUACGUUGGAUUAGGAGGCUUUACCGAUACAUGACUCCUUACGUUUCCAGGUCCCCAAGGGCAGCAUACUUCAAUUAUAGAGAUCUGGACGUUGGAGUGAAUAACAAUGAAGGGAAUAUAAGUUAUGCACGAGCGAGCGUUUGGGGUAUCAAGUACUUCAAGAACAAUUUUGAUCGAUUGAUUAAAGUGAAAACUGCUGUCGAUCCAAAGAAUUUCUUUAGGAAUGAACAGAGCAUUCCUCCAAAAUAGAGAAACAAAGGUGACUAAGAUUAUAUUCUUAAGGAAUGGGACAUGGUUCUACGUAUGUUUCCUUCAUUUGAUUUCGUUACAUUUAUGUGUAUGCCAAUAAGACAUUGUAGUAAAUGUUUGAUGUCAUUUGUAGCAUAAUGAUUUAUCUUUCUCGUCAUGAUAUGGUACUGUACUAAUAAAUUGAUUCAUUUGUGAAUUAACUCGAUGAUUUG